AUGCAUCGGAAGACAGACAUCGGCACAUUGAGCAAGGCAAAGUGCAUAUACAUCGAGAAUACGAUGAUACCGCUUCAGAAUAAGCAUCAGGCAUGGAGAUACAUCGACAGCGAUAGAAAGACACAGACAUACGCAUACACAGUCGAUUCUAUUCAGUACAGGGAGAGAUACAGGAUUAGUAUCGAGUACUACAAAGGAACUACGUCAGUUGACAUCGGAACAGACAUUUCCAUCUUCAGGAUUGAAGAAACGGUCAGUAAUGAGCACGAUCGAAGUAAUUCGCAUAGAACAACGUUCUAUAAGGUACAAUUGGAUGUUACGCUACGCAACCAUUCAGUUCAUGACGAAGAAUUGUUCAGAAACGUCAGAACCAGCUCAGACUACAAGGAUAUAUUGUACAGAACACAGUUUCAGGAGAACAUAAGGUAUUACAUCGCGAAAUACAUCUUCAGACAGCCAGGAUUCAUUGGAAUAGACUCAGGACACUCUAUCAGACGUAUUAUGGACAUCACAGGCACUCAAACGGAUGCGCUAGCGCGCAUAUACUCAGGAUACAUAGUAGGAAUCAGGAUAUUCAAGCUACAGGAUGACAAUUACGAUCUACAGGAUGUAAAACCGCUACGAUCUAUGCAACAUAAUGAUAGUAAGACACUAUUGAGAUCAGGAACAAUCACGCAUCGUAUGGAACGAAGUACAGAAGUUCAGAGGGCGACUUCAAGCCAGAGAACAGGUUCGGAACCCGGACAAUCCGCUCAAUCCGCUCAAUCCGCUCAAACGGAUUAUCACACCGCUUCAAGGGAAAGUGAAGGCAAUACGCAUACAGCCAGCGAAUAUCAGAGCGAUAGUGAAUUAGCAAUGAUCGAUCAGACUAUUCGAGCAUUCAGGCAUGAUACUUCGACGAUACAGAAGGAAAUAGAGCAUCAGGAAGCUCAAGGACAUCUAUUGAACGAUGAUACAGUUCAAUCUACUCUAGGAAUGAGUAGUUACGAUCAGUUCGAAGUACGAAAACACGCAGAAGACCUCUCCAGACACCCCAGAUAUGUUCUAGGACAGUACCAGACGUUUUACGCCGAAAAUGAAGUCAUAUUUCGACGAGAGGGCGAGAGGCACACGCAUUGCACUGCAUACACGCUCUUUGAGCAUACAAUCAUGUUUGAACAUACAUUUUUCUUACUUGAAUUGCUACAGAACGAUUUUGCGAAGGACUUCGCAGUACCAGACAGUAUCAGUACUACAGGAAACAGGACACACGACAGGUACACGAGGAAAGAAUACAUCGGCACAAGGACAAGUACACAGAAAGACAGGAAGUCAAUGCUAGAACGCAUCGAUCCACACAUGGAUUUGCCAAAUGAACAAAGAAUUGGCAGCAUACACUCAGGACUUCAGGCAGCGCUACUGCGCAUACAGACAGGACAUUUCAUUGAGACAUACAUGGAACAACGCAGCAUACAGACAGCUACGGCACUCAGGAAAGUAGAGAACGCUACUUGGACACAUUGUGAUAGAACAUCGCGCCAUGAGACAUUGAAAGUAUACUCAGACGAUUCAGGAAUCGAAUCAGUCGACUUACGAAGACACGAACGAGUCGAGACACAAGGAAACAGUAUGAGAAUACAGCAGGACAUUCAUCGCGCACAGAGAUACCGCGCAUAUACACACAUAUCUAGUGAUAUUAGGCUCAUACAUCACGAUCUCAUUGAAUUCGAGACGAUAUUUUCAUUCAAGGAUGAAUAUUACACUCUAGGUUGCACUCCGCAAUUAGUAUUCAGACAUCGGGCUCAACAGGAUAUCCAGUUUUGCGUCACAGUUGGUUAUUGCACGCAAAAGAAUACACAUUUGGACAUAUUCUACCAAUACAAGCGCAAGGCACUACAUUUGCAGGAACUAGUCUAUUGGAAAAAUCGAGGACAUAGCAGAGGAAUUUUGGAAUACAUCUCCGCUAUCUAUUAUUGCAUGACUAUUCUACAGGAACAGAGAAACGCGCAAGGACAGCUAGAAGCAGCAACGCUAAUCCAUUCUAUUGAGGAAGAAGGCUAUAGCUUCGUCGAUCAGGGAUUUACCUCCGCGCUUCCCGAAGACGCGGGAGAAGAGAAUAUUUGCAAUUACCACGCCGCCGGAAUUUCCACUUCCGUACAUAUCGAUCUACACCGCGCGUCUCAGAAUACUCAAGAGCCGAAACGCCAUAUCUCCCCAGGAACUCCACCGAUUCUCUUCGAAAAGUGUCGUAUCGAUAGCGACAAUCAAGAGGCAACUUUUCUACUAAUUGACUAUACGGUAAUAUUGACUACGUUUAAUUCUAUUGACGUUUUAUCUAGUUUCACAUGGUUUGGAACCAUGCUACCCACCGUCCGGAACGCCACCACCGUCUCAAUACUCACCGGAUCGACUUCAGAUCACUUCAGAGAGGCAGUACUACAUCACGAGGAUGUUUCCCAUACGCAUGGGCAAGGUAUUUUAUUAUUUACUUGUUACUAA